AUGGUAAACCAAUCAUUGAAUUACGAAUCUCAUCGGAGAUGUUCGGAUAAAAAAUAUACGCUGUACAUAAUCAUCGAUGUUCGUGAUUGUUCGGAAGAAUGCCUUCACUCUUUUCUUCAUGAACUACGACAAUCAGCCUCAUGGCUCGAAGGUACGAUUGAUUGCAUAUUAUGGGUUAUCGGGUCCUCUUUGCAUAAUAUUGAAACUAUCAUCAAUGAAGAUCUCAUUUUAUCAAGAGCUAAAAAUAUUGUGGCCGAUAUCGGGAGUAUUACGAAAUAUAUUGAAGCGAGCAAUUUUUCAACAUAUUUAAAUGGUUUAAUCGACCCAGAGAUUACACGGCAUUUUCUCCGCAUGCGAUUCUGCGUGGAAGAUUUGCUGAAAAAAACACACAAAACAGCGAAACUUUAUAUGAGCUUACAUGAAUAUUUAAAACAAUUUGAAGUGCCGCAAGAUCUCGCAAUCGUCAAUACUGAUUUGUUGCGGAGACAAUCUGAAGAAUUAAAUAAUCGAUGGAAUGCUGUGAAAGAUGAACCAGAUGUUGUGUUUUUGUUGCAUCGUGGAGAAGUACUGUGUGAUGAGCUGAAAAUACAAUACUGCGAUCUUCAGCACCUUGAUUCUUAUCUCUUCGCUGAUUCAGUAAACCGUGCAAUAGCAGGCUUUGAAGAAGUUAAAGUAGUCAUGGAAAGAAGCAAUUCAAGCAUAUCGAGACGACUAUAUGCACUUCAGUGUUCUGUGGAAGCGAUCGAAUUUUUAAAAUACGUUCCAGAGGUGACGAAAUUUAUCAAUAAUGAAAUAAAUGAUUUGGAACAGCUGAAGAUAAUUAAGAUAUUCAGCGUUAUAAGAUUGACAUCUCAGAUCAGACAAGUAGAUAGUAAGACUAAAGAAUUAGCAAGAUACUUGAAUGAAGCUGAUAACCGUCUGAAAAAAGUAGCGCAUUUGCCAGAAGAGGGUUCAUUUGGAGAUAGAGACCGAAAUAAAAUCACUGAUACGUUUGAUUCAUUCAGUUCCUUCCUAGCAUCUUGUAAACAGCGCGCUAUGGAAGUGCGUUCUAUUGUUCAGGUUGCACUUGAUUCCCGUAUUCACAUCGAUCAGGUAUAUAAUUGGGCUUUGCUUCAUGCUAAAAAAAGUAAUGAUGAAAAGGAAAAGGAAAUAUUAAUGUCGAAAUAUCCGUCUACUGCUAUUGCUCGUCUUCACGAAUACAUCGCUAUUAAUUCAACUGACUGUACAGUUCGACAGGAAAUAGAAAAAUUACUUUCGGAUUGCGAAAAAGCCAUUAUAAGUUUGGAUCCUACACUCAAGAUUUCCGAUUUACGUUGCCAAAUGAGUACUAGCUCAAGUCAAGAGAGCGCUGAUGGUACUGCGAGUCAGGAAGUUGGCGCUGUUGAUUCAUGCUUUAGUGGGGAAGCUGAUUGUUCUAUUAUUGAUUUGUCUUUGCCGAAAAGUCGUUGCUCUGAUUUGUCGGAUUCAGUGUCUGAUACACCAAUGGAGAUAUAUUCGGAUGUAGAGGAAAAUUUCACUGUUAAUUUAAGCAAUGAUUUUGAUGUAACUGAACAUCCUCGACAGCAGACAAGCCCAGCGCCGACACAGUAUGAAAUUCCAAUUUCAAAAGCAACAACUUCUACAGAACAUCGACAGCCGGGGCUAACGGAAACAGGAGAAGUUCGGUGGCGUCGCAAUUCAUGGGCACCAUCAUUACAUACUGGAACGUUGGAAAUCGUCGAAGAAUCUGCAAUCGGAGCUGCACCCGUCACUCUUAAUAUGACUAAUAAAAUCAUUACGUCAAUGUCAACAAACACAUUACACAAAAGGCUGGACCAGCGUCGUUCUGUUAGCACUGUUCCAUUACGUCUUCCAAAUCCAUUUCUAAUAAACGGAGCUGUCCGACCUGGAUCAGCACGAUUUGUUGUAUCGCAAAAAUCACGGCGUCCACUAAUAAGAACUUCCAGUAGUGAUUUUUUGGAGGAGGAUUGUCGCUCAGCUCUGAGUGCUUUCCAGUUUCUGGAUGAUGAUUGUUGCACCAUAAGCGAAUCACCUCAACCAGCUGUCGCAUCAGCAUUCUCAGCUCUUGAUUUCUCGAUGCGUUCCGAGCAGAUAGAUAUGAUCCGAGAUUGGCUAAGUCCGGCGAAAACAAGCGAUGCGAAUUUCAGAAUUGAAUGUACUGUUGUAAGAGAUUUGCUCGAUUCAGAAAUCGAUUAUGUCAGCGCGUUAAGACUUGUGGUUCAAGAUUUCAUGCCGGAAAUGGCUCGAGUUGACAUUCCGAGUGCGCUUCGUGGCAAAAAGUCAUGUAUUUUUGGAAAUAUUGAAAAGCUUUUUCAGUUUCAUGCUCAUUCAUUUUUGCCUCAGCUCAUCUCACGGUUAAGGUUUCGUCGUGCUGAUGAAUCAGUUUCAAUGACAACUGGACGAUUGUUUCUGGAUAAUCUUAGCUAUUUUGAAUUGUAUGCACUGUAUGCAAAAAAUAAACCCAAAUCUGAUCAAUUAAUGCGCGAAGCUGGUCAUAAGUUUUUUAGCUCUGUACAGAGCAUGUCUGACCUAUCACAUUUAUUAAUUAAACCGAUUGAAAGGAUAGGUAAAUACGCGCUUGCACUUCAGCAACUUCUCAAUGCUGCACCAUCAAAUAAAGUGGACGUUUUGGAGGUGUUGGAAAAAGUAGCUGUGGUGGUUGGACAGCAGAUUCGUCAUGGUAAUGAUUUAUUAGCAAUGGAACGAAUAAGUAGUUGUGAUUUGAAUCUCAAAGAGCAAGGAACUUUGUUACGACACGACACUAUGUAUGUCACUGAAAAACGUGGCUUACAAUCUAAGAAACGCGUACGAAAUGUAUUUCUGUUUGAGAAUUGUGUUGUCCUUACAAAGCCGAAAUUAUCACGAUCAUGGAGAGGAAGUACAUUUGAUGAGCUGAAAUAUAAAAGUAGUAUACAGAUGACUGAUUGUGGUUUGACAGAAAUGGUGAAAGAUUCGAGGGUUAAAUUUGAAUUAUGGUUUCGUAAGCAUAAAAACUCGUUUACGUAUAUAAUGGAGUCACAAACAGCAAGUAUCCGUGAUGCUUGGGUUGAAGAUAUCCGUAACAUUCUUUGGAACCAAGCCAUUCGAAGUCGUGAGAAGAAUAUCCGCGAAAAGGCAAAUAUGGGCCUUGAGUUACAUUCCUCAUAUAUUCAUUUAGGACCACGUGCUACGCUUAGUGGUGGAUUUCGUGACUUUGGUUUUGUGGAAGGUACUCGACGGCCAUGCUCACUGAUAUCAUUAACAGCUUCAUCAUGUUCAAGCUCAAAUAAUUUGGGACGAGUACAAGCAGGGAGAGGUACAUGCGAAAUUGGUAGUGAUCUUUGUCGAGUGGAAGAAGAUGAUGAAUGGGAGAAUAUGCAUGAGUCCAGUCCAACUGUCAAGUAUGCAGAAAGCACACUUCCACGUUUCCGAGCUCCACCACCGCCAGACCUCAAUCA